GGAGGACAUGCAGGUCCACCAGUCCUGCUCUGGGCUGUAACACUCCACCGUACCCAGACUUUGACCUCCUACAGCGAACAACUUUCCUUGAACUGCCAGCAGCUUGAAGUUGGACCUAAUGAAGGCAAAGCAGCUCAAACGGAGGAGGAGGAGAGUCAGAGGUAGAGAGUCAGGCCGAUGGCAGCAUCCUCUCCCUUUAUUUAACCUCUACUCGGCCUCUUGGAUGAUCCUGUUUCCACGCAGCGGCUAUUCUGCAUCUGUCGAUCCAAGCUGAGAGAUGCUGGACCCGGCCCGCUCCUUCUGCGUCUGCCGCUGCCUUUUACUCCUCACCACCAUCACCUCCGUUAUCACGUCAGUGAACGGAGACGUGCGGCCGUGCGAUGAGACAGACUACUAUUACCAGUACACAGAGUGUGACAGCACUGGGUCGCGGUGGAGGGUCACCAUCCCUCAUGUCCCUGGUUCCUGCUCAGAUCUUCCACCCCCGACCAAAGGAACAGACUGCUCCUUCUCCUGUCCAUCGGGGAAGUUUUUAGAGAUGUCCACACAGCAGUGCACGUCCUGUCCUGCAGGCUCCUACUCCCUGGGCAGUGGCCUCCGUUUCGACCAAUGGGACGCCAUCCCUGCAGGCUUCACCAGCAUGGCCAGUUUCUUCGACCCAGGGCCGAACGGAGAGGACGUUCAGGCCUGUAACAGCUCUUCGUGGACGCCUCAGGGUGUGUACCUGGAGUCGAACCGGGAUGAGUGUACGGUGUCUCUGGUCUACGCCGUUCACCUGGAGAAACAGGGUUCCAUCUCCUUCACCUACCAGUAUCCUGACAACAACAUCUUCUUUGAGUUCUACGUCCAGAACGAACAGUGUCAGGAAAUGGCUCAGACUGAAGAUCAGAAGUGGAUUAAAAUCACCAGUAACGGAGACUGGUCCACACACACGGUAGGUCUAAAGUCUGGUACGAACAUCCUUUACUGGAGAACCACAGGAAUCCUGGUGGGAGGGAAGAUGGUGAAACCUGUGCUGCUGAAGAACAUCCAGAUAGAAGGUGUGGCCUACACCUCCGAGUGUUUCCUGUGUCGGCCUGGUUGGCUCAGCUCCGCCCCCGGUUCCUCGUCCUGUCAGCCCUGUCCCAGGAACACGUACUCUGUGAAGGGAUCCUCCAUGUGUACGCCCUGUCCCGAGCACCACUACUCACAUGAAGGAUGGCCUGGGUGUAAAGUCAGACCUCCGUGUUCAGAGAGGGAUUAUUUCCAGAUCCACUCAGCCUGUGACAGUGACGGGAAGACGCAGGUGUUGUAUCGAUGGUUGGAGCCAAAGAUCUGCGUGGAGAACGUCACUGGAGCGGUGGAACUCCCAGUUACGGGGCAGAAGGAGCCCUGCCCUCCUUGUAACCCAGGAUACUACAACAGCAAAGACUCCACCUGUCUGCCCUGCCCACCUGGAACCCACUCUGAUGGAACACACGAGUGUGUUCAGUGUCCUGCAGGUACAGAGCCAGUGUUGGGUUAUGACUAUAAAUGGUGGAACAUUCUCCCCCCAAACAUGAAAACUUCCUGUUUCAACGUGGGAAAUUCCAAAUGUGACGAAAUGAACGGUUGGGAAGUGGCUGGUGACCACGUCCGCAGCGGAGCAGGAAGUUCCGACAACGACUACCUCAUCCUCAGUCUGCGUGUGCCUGGGUUCAGAGUUCCAGCCUCGCUCUCGGGGAUGACCGGUGGUGAGUUUGGGAGGAUCACCUUCGUCUUCGAGACCAUCUGCCUCGCCGACUGCGAGCUCUACUUCAUGAUGGACGUCAACAGGAAGAGCACCACAGUGGUAGAGUCGUGGGAAGGCAGUAAAGGGAAACAGUCGUACACUCACAUCAUGACUAGGAAUGCCUCCGUCACCUACACCUGGGCUUUUCAGAGAACCAACCAAGCUCUGGAUGUCCGUCGCUACAUCAGUGACACGGUGAAGCUGUACUCCAUCAGCGUCACUAACGUCCUGGAUGGCGUGGCGUCCGUCUGUCGCGCCUGUGCUCUGGUACCUGAAAACUCCCACCGUCCCAGCUCCUCCUGCGUCCCCUGUCCUGCUGGUUUUUACAUCGACAGAGACACCAACCGGUGCCAGGAGUGUCCGCCCAACACGUACCUAGCAGGACGACACACCUACGGGAAGGACGCGUGUAUCGCAUGUGGACCAGGGAGCAUUAGCAACAAGGAACACUCCCGCUGCUACAGCACCUGUACUUUCUCCCACACAGACGACAACCGCACUCUGACCUUUGACCUUAGCCCUCUCAGCGGCGUGGCCUCGCUGAUCAUCGGACCUAGUUUCACAUCGAAAGGCACAAAAUACCUUCAUCUGUUCAACAUCAGCCUGUGUGGACAUGAGGGAGAGAGAGCUGCUGUCUGCAGUGACAAUGUCACCGACGUGUCCAGCAAAGACAUCCAGAGCGACCCAGCUCAGUUCAUCAACACCGUAGACAGUUUCAUCUGCCAGUCAACCAUCAUUCCAGCAGAUGGGCGGGGCUUCAGGAAGGCCAUUUCCUCCCAGUCCAUCAGCCUCGCUGACACCUUCGUUGGAGCGACCAGAGACACUGUCCUCAAUGACAUAAAUGCCAAUCCUUAUCUUUUCACAAAAAAAUCACACAACGUCUCGGAUAUCAACUUCUUCUACAGGUCCAAUCAGGUAACAGCAUCAUGUGCUCAGGGCCGCAGCUCUGUCAUCACUGUUCGCUGUAACCCUGAGAAACCUGAGCGAGGACAGGUGUCUGUGCCCAGCACAUGUCCUGCAGGAACAUGUGAUGGAUGUACCUUCAACUUCUUGUGGGAGAGCUCCACUGCUUGUCCACUCUGCACUGAGGACGACUAUCACCAGAUAGAAGGAGCCUGCAAGGGAGGGGACCAGGUAACUCUGUACGUCUGGAACGAACCAAAGCUCUGCACCAAUGGCGUGUCCUUACCAUCCAGAAGCUCCACCCCCUGUGAGGCGGUGGCUCUGUGGCUGAAGGUUGGUGUUGGAGGCGGAGCGUUCAUGGCUGUACUCCUCGUCUCCCUCACCUGCUAUUUCUGGAAGAAAAACAAGAGGCUGGAGUACAAAUAUUCUCGUCUGGUGAUGUCAGCCAACAAGGAUUGCGAGCUGCCGGCUGCCGACAGCUGUGCACUGGCUGAGGGAGAGGAGCCUGAUGAUGAUGUCGUUUACGCCCAAAAACCUACUCUGCUGGGAAAACUAAGAGCCAUCGCCAACAAGCAUGAGGGAGGAGACAGCAGCGAGUCAGUGCAGCUGAACUCCUCUCACUCUGAUCGAUGGAUACUGGGAUGAAACCAACGUUGGCACAGUUGAAUAAUGGAGGAACAUUCAGUCAGUGCUGACGUCACUGUCUAACUCCUCUGGAGAGUUUGUAUUCCAUUAUUUUCGAAAGACUUUGAUACACAUCUGUGUGUCCGCGCUGGACUCAUUUGAUAUUUGGACUUUGGAUUUUUAACACAGGAAACAAUCGACGCAGAUUAAUGUCCCUGAGUCCUGAGUGGAAUAAGCUGUGAGACAAAAAUGGCUUUUGAUGUAUUUUUAAAUUUUGUAAUUUUAUUUGGUAAUUUCUGUUCAAAGUCAUGUAUUUCUAUCAAUGUACAUUAAAGUCCAGUUUGGCUUCAA